GAGCACCAGGAAAAGCUGUUGGGAAACAGGAGGAAAGAGCUGGGGAUUGACACAAACAAAGAGGGGACUUGGAGGGAGAAGAAGCCCUGGGACUAGAUGUCUAGGAAGCCCGACAGUUGUGAUUGAGACUCGGCCGAGCCAGAACCUGAUGAAGUUAAGAGCCCAUUGGAUCCAACUGUCAGGAAGGUGCAGAGUGCAGGGCUGGUGCCACACAAACCAGAGCAGCUCACACUCCCUUUAAAGUUUGGAUGGACAUACCAAGGAGUCUCAGGCAUCCAGAGAUCCUCCUAGUGCUGCUGCUGUCUGGGAUUACAGACAUUUGCCAAGCCUAUUGUGAAGCUGACUGCAAGUCAUAUUGCUGUGAUGGAACGCCACCAUAUUGCUGCUCAUAUUAUGCCUACAUUGGCAAUGUCCUAUCGGGCACAGCGAUAGCAGGAAUAGUAUUCGGCAUUGUCUUCAUCAUGGGGGUGAUCGCAGGAAUUGCGAUAUGCAUCUGCAUGUGCAUGAAGAGCAGCCGGGGAACACGAGUGGGAGUUAUUCGAACCACGCACAUCAACGCUAUCAGUUCCUAUCCAGCUGCUCCACCUCCAUACAGCUAUGAGUAUGAAAUGGACUUUCCUCUGGACCUACCUCCGCCAUACACCCCAACACCACCAAUGUCACAUUAUCCUUCACCUCCUCCAUAUCCUGGGCCUUCAAGGAAAUAACGUCCAGUAAUAUAAAUGUUUACAUGGUGACGCCACCCCUCGGCUCUCUUCUUCCUCGCUAAGAUAUAUUUUAUAAGACAUUCAAGCUUUAUGUUCUGAAGUGCUUGAAUUUAGAUAUUUGGACCACAUUCAGCGCUGAUUCCUUGUAUGAGCAAUAAGCCAACAAAAGGCAUUUCUUUGGAAAAUAAAACAUAUUUAUUUUUGUGUGCCGAGUGUUUACCAGAAAGAGACAACUAUAUAUCAAGUAGAGGGGAGUUCAUCACAGACUUUCUGAUGUGGGCCUUGAUCCGCUGAAAUCCUUUGUAUCCAAAUAUUUACGUUUUUAAUAAAAAAAAUUAAAUUCA